AUGCGCUCCUUCAAGGCCAAGGUGCUGUCAGCGGUUGCCUGUCUUGCACCCGCCCUGGCCGCUGCGCUUCCCGGCCACGCCGAGGUCGCGCGACCGCACCACGAGCCUUUGCAGCUAGACUUUCAGCAAAACUACGCGCAAGCAACCUUCCGCGUGCCCUGCCCUGGCUGUCUGGGCCAAGACCACACGGACCAGGAUGACGAGUCACUUACCUUGAACUUCACCGCCCACACCCACGCCCACGCCUGUGGCUCUUCCAACAUCACCAUCAACGGUGUUCCCCUGCCCCAGCAAUGGGAAGGUGACUACGCAUCCGGCUCAGGCUCCUACCAGUACACCAGUCCUGCCGCCCUCCAGCAUGACCGGCUUCCCCAACGCGACCUGGCCCUUGCAUGGAACUCGACCUGUCUUCACGGUGACGCGGAGGCGGACGCGCCUGCUCAGAUCCUGACGGUCAACAUCAGGUCCAUAGACGGCGUUCCUGUAAACACACCCUCCGGCUUUACCAUCUCCUUCAAGCAAAACUCAUCACCGCCCUCCCUGCUCAGACUUGACACCCAACCGGACCCUGCGCCUGAGCUGUCUGAUAUCUGGCGUGACCCCCCGGCCCAUCUCCGCCUGGUCUUUGGCGAUUCCGCAGACGCAAACCCCUAUCUCCAAGACGAGAUCCGAGAGCUCAGAGCCCUCCAAGCUGAACUCGAAGCGAUCCAGCAGGCAGUAGCCAGCAAGAAGCAACACAUCCACGCGCAGAUCCGCAAGGAGACCAGGUGCUUUGCCGAAGAGUGGAAGCACUGCCACGGCCUUUCUUGCAUUCUCAAGACAGUCGCCGGCAGAGCCCACGGCGCAUGGCGAGUCGUCUAUCUGCGCCUCCAUCCUGACGAUCAAGAUAAAAACAUGGGUCGUCCAGAGGCCUACGCAUCGGCCCAUGUUGGGUCGCAACGAUACGGCAGCAUCACGGCCGACUCCAGGGUGGAGUACCCAGACUCGGAGCCUCGCCCGUACGAAGGAUCCACAGGGGAGCUCCCACCGCGACCCCAGCAGCGCCCAGCGCCUUACAUGAUUGCGCUGGAGGUCGCUCUCGGCAUCCUCUGCUGCGGCUGUCUGGUCGCCGUCAUCCGGCACAAGUGCUCCAGCCUGCGCACGCGCACAGAGCGCGCCGCCGACUACGAAGAGCGCUACAACGCACGCGUGUACAAGCGCGCGGCCCGCCGACACGCCUGGCGCAACUGGUGGCGCGGCAACUGGCGCAAGGACGCAGCGCGCAUCGCCGACUACGAGGAAAAGCGCGCGCUGAUGCAGGACCAGGAGAGCGUGCUGGAGAGCGCGAUGCAGGAGGAGAUACGGCAGCUGCGUGUGGCGCACAACAUCGUCCACGACAUCAUCCGCGCCGAGGAGGGGCGGAGCUCGCCACCAGCGAACGCAGUCGGGGGGUGCACGUGUCGUCCCCGCUUCCCUCCAGCGCCUGCUUCCGUAGCCUCGACAUCGACGUACCCGCCCUCGACGAUGCCCGAAGCGCCGUCCCGCCCGCCGUCCCGCACCGACAGCCUCCCCAGCUACCGCUCACGGGCGCCCAGCGAGCCGCCAACGUACGAGGCGGAGGUGAUUCCGUUUGUCGCCGACGGGUUCAGGCCGGUCGGGCCAGGGCGAGCCAGGACGCACUCCACCGACGGCAGCGCGUUCGCGCGGUCAGGGGAAUACGCGUCGAGAGCGCGGGCGCGGAGCUACGCCGCGAGCUCGACUUCGCACGCCGAGAGCGGGCGCUGGACGCCCGACAGCAGCGUGGUGGACGUCAGCCCGCGGCCCAGCGCCGAGACGCUGCGGGAUCUGCGGAGCAUCUACACGUGCGAGGAGAGGGAGGAGAGCGAGGCGGAGUGA